UCCAGGGCAAGAACGGAAACAUGGUACUGUCUGAGCUGGCAGCUCGCCUCAACUGCGCGGAGUACAAGAACUGGGUAAAGGCGGGCCACUGCCUGCUGCUGCUACGUGGCUGCCUGCAGGGCUUCAUCAGCCGGGAGAUGCUAGCCUUUCACCGCGGCCUGCUUGCCUCCGACCCCGGCCUGGGCCCCAGAGCCGCCUGCCGCAGCGGCUCUCGGUGCAGCCCGCGCGCCCGCCAGUUUCAUCCUCAGUGUCAGGUAUGCGCAGAGUGGAAACGGGAAAUUUUGAAACAUCACACCAACAGAAAUGGAGACGUCCACUGGGGAAACUGCCGGCCGGGCCGCUGGCCUGUGGACGCUUGGGAGGUGGCCAAGGCCUUCAUGCCCCGAGGACUGGCAGACAAAACAGGACCCAAGGAAUGUGAUGCAGCUGCUCUUUUAAGCCUGAUCAACUCCUGCGAUCACUUCAUGGUUGAUCGAAAGAAAGUCACAGAGGUAAUUAAGUGUCGUAAUGAAAUCAUGCACUCUUCAGAGAUGAAGGUAUCUUCUGCAUGGCUUCGAGAUUUCCAGAUGAAGAUCCAAAAUUUUCUGGAGGAAUUUCAGAAUAUACCAGAGAUUGUGGAGGUCUACUCCACAAUAGAACAGCUCUUGACAUCUGACUGGGCUGUUCACAUCCCUGAGGAAGAUCAUCGAGAUGGGGGUGAAUAUGAAACAGGCAUUUACCUGAGUGAGAGCCAAGUAAAUGAAAUAGAAGUGGAAUUUCUAAAGGAAAAAUUUCAAGAGAUAUAUCUUCAAGCAAAAGAACAUGAGGUGCUGCCAGAAGAGGUAAAAGGAAACAAUGAUCAUAUCCUCUGUAUCUUAAAUCAGCUGGAGGUGGUAAAAGAAUUUCUAAGAAACAAUGAAGAUCUUAGAAAUGGUCUUACAGAAGAUAUGCAGAAGCUAGACAGCCUCUAUCUACAGCAUCAGAAACUGGAUUCAAAGGAACCUGGGGCACAGGCACCUGAAGGGGAGGCCUGAGGUUGCCCUUUGACAAAAAUCAGACGUGUCCUAUGAAAGUCAGCAUGGCUUCCAUCUCAGCCAUCCUUUUCUGUGCAAAAGGGAAAACUUACCAGAGUCCUCUACCCAACCAAAAAGACAUUUUUGUUGUCUUUUCUUGGACUUUUCCUUUGAUUCUUUGGGAUUUUUUUUAAUAUUCAUAAGCUUAGUGUUGUGUGAUUUAUACUGGCCAAAAAAUAUUACAUACUCUUAUGCCAAACGUAGUAUUCUUGGUUUUUUGGUGUUUUUUUCCUUUUGUUUGUAUUGUUUUGUUUUGUUAUGUUACUAUUUAAAAGGUGAGAUUAUUUUUUGGUACUAAACUCUAGCUGCUUAACACAGUAAAGGCUGUGUUUGGCAGCCUGUGUGAAGGGUCAUGCAGAGUUCUCUGCUCCCUGAAACAUAAGUCCUGCUCCACCCCACCCCCUCCUUCCUGAAAGUCUCAUUCAUGAGGAUGCCCAAGGGGUGAGCUAUGAUGUAAAAGUCAAGAUAUAAAUCCUUCCUUUUUAGAAGAAAGUAAGAAAAAAAAUUGCCUGAAAGGCCAUUUUUCUAGCCAUUUCCAAUUAGUUACAGAGCUAUUUCAACCAGCUCUAGUAGCCUGAGGCAGUAGGACAAGGAAGUGGGCCCAGGCUGGUCAGGGAGUGGGGAGUGGAGAACACAGUGACUUGACUGACCAAAGCGGGGUAGGGGGCUCUAGGCCAGCAUCACAAACAGGGAUGUUGGGGAAAGCUCUGCAGUUGCUGACUUGUAUGUGGCACUUAGGAAAAGUAAACCCGUUGGCAGUCACAGCUCUUUCUGUCCAGCUGGAUCCCAGGUGCAGAGCACAGGGACUGGCCCUCCUAUGCUCAAUGAAUAUUUGUUGACUGAAUGGUCAGCUGAUAGCUUAGGAGUAUUUGUAUAUAGAUGUAAAUGUUAGUUGUACUGUUAUGUAAGCCCGGCCUUUCCUUGCAAGAUUUAAGAAUUUAAAAAAAAAUGAAAUUUCACCAUUCUUACGGGAAUUCAAAGACAUCGGUUUUUUUUUUUUCAACAGAUUCACAAAUUCAUUCAUACUCCCUUACUCUUUUUACCCCAAAAGCUAUCUAAUUCUGUCUUUGUUCUGUUUGUUUCUGGAACUGUGAAACCUCUGUCCCAUUGUAUGCAAUGGUGUUCAACUGGGCCAUGUUGCCUCUGAACCUUCAGGGACAGAAUUGCCAACUGCCACAUUCCCCACUGCCUGCAGGAAUAGCCCCACUGAAACUGAGCUCUUUUGCUUCCUCAGCUGCCCAUCAAGAAUGUGAUCUAUAGAGAAUGGGCCGAGGAUGGAGGUGUAUUUUUACAUUAAAAGGCAUUUAAUGUAAUUUUGUAAAACCUGGAUGAAUGCAGAUUUGCCUAUAACUUCCUGCUUUAAUCUUUCCUGUUUCUAUUUGGUCUUUUUUUUUUUAAAGAUUUUAUUUAUUUUUAGAGAGGGGAAGGGAGGGAGGAAGACAGGGAAAGAAACAUCAAUGGGUAGUUGCCUCCCGCAUGCCCCACACUAGGGACCUGGCCAGCAACCCAGGCUUGUGCCCUGACUGGGAAUCCAACCGGCGACUCUUUGGUUUGCAGGCCAGUGCUCAAUCCACUGAGCCACACCAGCUGGGGCACUAUUUGGUGUUUAAUCUUACAUGUUCUUUCUCCCUUUCUUUACAUGGAGUUCCUUCAGAUGACCUCAAUAGCGAAGUAAGAAUUUUCAUUCAGCUUGUAACUCCUCUAAACUAAGAAACUUUGAAAUAUUUCCUAUCUUCUAGAUAUGAGUCAAAACUUGGCAUCAAAUUAAAUCUUGAUUAACUAACCAAUUUAAGACCUCAUUUCCAAUGGGAUUAUGAACUCCUGAUUUUCAUACCUCUUGUAUCUAGUUAGGUUACCUUAUCUAUCUAACAUUUAUCAAGUGUCAACCAUGUGCCAGGCACUAAGGUAAAUGCAAAUGUGAGGAUUUUAAAGGUAUGGAUGGUGGUUUAUGAGCUUUUAUCUUAUUGGGCUUAAUGUCUGCUUUGAUAAAUUAAAGAUACUGUUCAGAAAACUAUACUGGCAGUGUUUAAUUACAUUGAAAUUAAGAUAGAGAAAGGAAGACAUUCCCCAGAGAGGGCUUAAAAGCGAAUGUGUUGUGUACAGGGACAUCAGCCAGUGGGCCUUUCUUCUGUAGACCCGCACAUGUGGGCACCAAGUAUUCACAGCAGAAUUGGCAGCCAGCCAUCAGGAGAAGACUGGUUGAAUAAGUCAGCACAGCCAUGCUAUAGAAUAUUAAGCAACUGGUAAAAAGAAUGAGGAAAUGCUGCAAAGCAGUAAUAUGGGAUAAUCUCUAAGACCUAUUAAAUAGAAAAGCAGAAUGUUUAACAAUGCAUAGCAUGCUGUAAAACUAUUUGUAUUUUAAGAUAACAUUUCUGGAAAGUUGUGUGUUUUUCCCAAGAUUUUUUGCUGAUCUGUAAAAGGAAUUGGGGUUGAGUGGAGGGGUUUGAAGGAAUUUUGCUUUUCUACUUUGUGAAAAUUAUACAACAAACAUGCAGUCAUGUAUUUUGAAUUUUUUACUGAAAAUUUUAAAUUUCAAAAUAAAGAGAUAUGAACAAUAUAAA